AUGCCAUUGCUCCCAACCAACCAAUUUGCGCUAGCACGAGCGGGUCUGUAUCGCUCUCGUGCGCCUUCUAAUGUUGUUAAUCUUGUACGUAAUGUCCGCAUUCCUUUUGUGUCUUGCUUAGUAUCUUGUUCUGUCUCUACUAGUGUCAUAAACAACACUGAAUCAGCUUCAAACCUUCAUAAUUACGUUAAAGCUCGUCUCGAUUAUAAGAAACUAGUCAAUAACAUUGAUGUGGCGAUUGAGAAUGGUAGAAAACGAUGUAGUGAAGGAAAUCCAAAGCUUGUAGCUGAGUUAUACCAGCAACAGGGUAAAUUAUGUCACAGGGUUAACCUUUUACGAGCAGAACGCAAUCUACACGCGAAACAGCUUGGCCAAGCAGCUGCAGCCAAGAAAACGACACAGGAUAAACAAAGACAUGAAGACUUCGAAACACUGCGUAGUCGUGGACAGGAGCUUAAACGUGAAAUUGCAGAGCUUGCGAACAAACUGAUGAAGGUAUCAGUGGAACUGGAGCUCGAAGCGUUGAAGAUUCCGAAUGAGACGCAUCCCGAUGUGCCUGUAGGUACGGAAGAGAAUUCACGUGUGAUAAGGAUACAUGGAGAAAAGCCCGUGUUUCCAUUUAAGCCCAAAGACCACUACGAUUUAGCUAUGGAGUUAGAGUUGUUGGAUACCCAUACGGCCUCUCGAGUUGCAGGUUCUAAGUUUACGUACUUGUGUAAUGAAGGUGCUAUGAUGGAGAUUGCAUUGGUACAUUGGACGUUGAGUAAAUUACGCGCACGUGGCUUUAAGAUCAUGUUACCGCCUGAUGUGGCACACUAUAAACUCGUUGAAGGCUGUGGGUUUCAGCCACGUGGAGAGGCGACGCAAAUUUAUUCGAUUGCACACUCGGACUUGUGUCUGACUGCUACGUCAGAGAUUACGCUAGCUGCUUCUAAAAGUAACGAGAUCAUCUCGACACCCGAUUUACCACUGAAGUAUGCUGGAUUUAGUCACUGUUUUCGUACGGAGAUUGGACAUGGUGGUCGCCAAACCCGCGGUAUCUAUCGCAUUCACCAAUUCAGCAAGGUAGAAAUGUUCGGCUUUUGUGCCAACGAGACCCAAGCACAUGAGUUUUUUGAGGAGAUGGUAGAUAUUCAGACGAGCAUGUAUGCUGAGUUGGGUCUACAUUUUAAGCUUAUGGAUAUGGCCACCGGUGACCUUGGUGCACCAGCCUACCGUAAGUUUGAUCUGCUGGUCUGGAUGCCUGGUCGUGAGGAGUACGGCGAGGUCUCAAGCAUGUCCAUGUGCACCGACUAUCAGGCUCGCCGCCUUAACAUCCGUCACAAGGAUCCAAAGGACGAUGAGGAUGGCACAUCAUUUGUGCAUACACUCAACGGCACUGCCUGCGCCGUUCCUCGCCUGCUCAUCAGUUUGUGGGAGACGUACCAGCAAAAAGAUGGUUCAAUCGUUAUUCCGGACGUGCUUAGGUCGUACAUGGGUGGCCAGGAGGUCAUUCGCCGUCCUGCGUGA